AUGGAGGGCAAGUUUCUUUUGGGGGAGGAAUAUUUGAAGUGGAAUUUAGAGGCCGUGACAGCGGGAGUCGUCAAAAGUCGGGAUGAGGAGAAAGUGAGGGUCCCGAAUAUGGGGAAAGGUUCAGCGGCGAAUGGCGGCUUGGCAAAUGAUUCGGCCAUUGGCAGCGCCGAUAUUACGGAGACUUGA